AUGGCCAAAGUCCCGCGCAACUUUCGUCUGCUAGAGGAGCUGGAGAAGGGCGAGAAGGGUAUUGGCGACGGCUCUUGCUCAUAUGGUCUCGAAGAUUCAGACGACAUUAUGAUGACCAACUGGAACGGUACUAUCAUCGGACCAGGCCAUACAGUGCACGAAAACCGCAUAUAUUCUCUCAAGAUUACUUGUGGUGACAACUACCCCGACGCGCCACCGACCAUUCAGUUCAUCUCGCGCGUCAAUGUCCCAUUUGUCUCCCAGACAGACGGCACGGUUGAUCGCGCAAAGCUGCCGGUCCUGGCGCAAUGGACGCGUGCAAGUAGCCUCGAACACGUUCUUGUUGAGAUGAGGAAGGAGAUGGCCUCUGCUACGAAUCGAAAGCUCCCCCAGCCUCCUGAAGGCAGCAUGUUUUGA